AUGAAAUGCUGGAUCCCUAUGGAAGAAAGGCACUUCAUUCAGAUGGCUCAAGCCGCCCUUAAAAUCUAUCCGAGGAAAAAAUUUGAUGGGUUGCUAUUCGGAGACCUGGCAGAACUGGCAGAUAAAGCAUCUAAAUAUGAGGAGAUGCUUAUGGAAGAACAACAGAAGAGGAAUUCUUCCAAAGGCACAUACUACAAGACUCCUUAUUCUUCAGUCCAUCUAGUUGAGGUAGAAUCAGGAGAAGAUACAGAAGGCUUGGAGGAAAGAGAAAUUGCAGUAGCAGAGAUGGCAAAAUUGAAACAUCUCAUCAGCUGCAAGGCUCUUACAAAGCCACCAAACUAUCAAAAGCCGCCACCAUUCAUAGGAGGGUUUGUUCCAAACAAACCAGCACAAAACAAGGUCUAUUCCUUUGAUCUGACCAAGGUGGAUGCUUUGUUUGAUGAGAUGUUGCUACAGAAGGCAAUAGAGACACCCCACAGGUUGCCCAAGCUAGAAGAACUCAAGGGCAGACAAUAUUGUAGAGGAAGGAAUAACAACAGGAGGGUUAAAACUGGCAGAGAAACCUCCAUCAGUUACAAUAGACCACUUUCCCCAGUCGCAAGUCAACAUGGUCAACCUAAAUUGACCAGAACAGAAGAUAGGCAAACCAACGACAGAAGCUCCAGCAGAGACAGAAGAGUUAUGAGGGAGACUAGUCAAAGGCCAAAGGCUACCAUCUCGGCUUGGGUAGUGCUUUACAGCAAGUGCAAGUGUGAAACUGACCUAGAAGUAAUUAUGGAUAAGCAAAAUCAGCCCACACCUAGUGUUUUUGACAGGAUUGGAACAUCAUACCAACGAGCCCCUGCUCCGGCUCUAUCUAAAGACAGAACCAGACAGAAGGAUUAUCUGAGGCCUGCUAAGCAUAUGGUAUUCUGUGGAAAAAGUGGUAGACCAACUUUGGAAUUGACUAGGACUCAGAAGAGAAUGGUUCAAAGGCAAUAUUGCACCUUCCUCAAGAACAAGGGUGAUACACAGGUACUUCCAGAGACUAGUUCUGCCAGAGAAGGGAAGAAUCCGGAAGUACUCCCUCAGAUAGAAGGGAACAACCAGGCCCUCUAUCCAGAGACUAGUUCUGCCAGAGAAGGGAACAACCAGCCAGCAACAAAAGCUAGUAAAAGCAGAGUCUCCAAGCAGGCCCUCUAUCCAUCUUGCCUCAUCCUUAGUCAAUCAACUUCAGCCUUCACAAGCACAAGAACGGACUCCUCGAGACAGGAGAAUAGGGAGACUGGACAGAAGAAUAUGGAGAAGAGCAGAUGGAAAUUUAGGGCAGCAGAAGGGCAAGAAAAUACUCUGGAGGGAGAUGUUUUAUCCCAGGAAAGCUUUGAGUGCAGGUUGGCAGAGGUAGAAGAGGCACCAGAACAGCAAACACCUACUGCCAAGAUAGGUGGAACUGCCAUGAAACUGGUUGCAGAACAACUUUGCUUGGCCAAACCAACCAAGGAGAUGGCCAAUCACCUCAGACCUUUGUUCAUAACAACAAACUUUGGGGGUAUUCCUAUUCCCAAAGUCAUGGUAGAUGGAGGUGCAACCAUUAAUCUUUUACCUCACAGAUUGCUAAGCAAGAUGGGCAGAACAGAGAAGGAUUUAAUUCCAACACAUUUAACUAUCACCAAUUUCAUUAGGGGCAUCACCAAGACUCAUGGAAUCCUGGAUGUGGAUGUCGUAGUUGGAACCAAAGAGUUGAAGAUUGCAUUCUUUGUGGUAGAUACCACUUCUACCACUUACAAUGCAUUGCUUGGCAGGGACUGGAUUCACCAGAGCUUAUGUGUUCCUUCCACUCUACAUCAACAAUUAACCCUUUGGAAUGAAGAAGGAAACAUGGAGAUAGUACAGGCCGAUUCACGACCAUUUGUGCCCUCUGCCAUGUGUUUUGAAGCAAGGUAUUAUCAUGAUGACCUUGGUCCUUUCACCUUCGUUGGAGUCAACUAG